AUGGCUCACAGCAAAAUCAGAAAUCAGGGUAACAAAAUGUCCUUCUACAGAUACAUCAAUAGCAAAAGGAGGGGCAAGGAAAAUCUCCAUUCUUUUUUGGACAUGGGUGGGAAUAGAGUUAUCAAAGAUGAGGAAAAGGCUGAGGUAUUUAACACCUUCUUUACCUCAGUUUUCAACAGUAAGACAGGUUGUCCUCAGGACAGCUGGCUUCUGGGGCUUGUAGAAAGAGAUAACCCUCCUGUAAUCCAGAAGGAAAUAGUUAGCAACCUGCUGAGCCACUUGGAUCCCCACAAGUCUAUGGGACCAGAUGGGAUUCACCCAAGGGUGACAAGGGAGCUGGCAGAAGACCUUGCCAAGCUGCUCUCCAUCAUCUACCAACAGUCCUGGCUCACUGGGGAAGUCCCAGAUGAUUAGAAGUUGGUGAAUCUCACACCCAUCCACAAAAAGGGCCGGAAGGAGGACCCAGGAAACUACAGACCCGUCAGCCUGACCUCAGUGCCUGGCAAGGUUAUGGAGCAGAUCAUCCUCAGUGCAAUCACACAGCACCUACAGGAUCGACAAGGGAUCAGAACCAGCCAGGAUGAGUUUAGGAAGGGCAGGUCCUGCCUGACCAACCUGAUCUCCUUUUAUGAUCAGGUGACCCACCUGGUGGAUGAGGGGAAGGCUGUGGAUGUGGUCUACCUGGACUUCAACAGAGCCUUUGACACCGUCUCCCACAGCAUACUCCUGGAAAAGCUGGCAGCCCACAGCUUGGACAGGGGCACUCUGUGCUGGGUUAGGAACUGGCUGGAGGGCCGGGCCCAGAGAGUGGUGGUGGAUGGUGCUGCAUCCAGUUGGUGGCCGGUCACUAGUGGUGUUCCCCAGGGAUCAGUGUUGGGCCCAGUUCUAUUUAAUAUCUUUAUUGAUGAUUUAGAUGAGGAGAUUGAGUCCACCAUCAGCAAAUUUGCAGAUGACACUAAGUUAGGGGGGAGUGUUGAUCUGCUGGAAGGCAGGAAGGCUCUGCAAAGGGACCUGGACAGACUGGAGAGUUGGGCUGAUUCCAGUGGGUUGAGGUUCAACAAGGCCAAGUGCCGAGUCCUGCACUUUGGCCACAACAACCCCAUGCAGCGCUACAGGCUGGGCCAGGCAGAGUGGCUGGAGAGCAGCCAGGCAGAAAGGGAUCUGGGAGUUUGGACUGACAAGAAGCUGAACAUGAGCCAGCAGCGUGCCCAGGUGGCCAAGAAGGCCAAUGGCAUCCUGGUCUGGAUCAGGAACAGUGUGGCCAACAGGUCCAGGAAAGUGGUUCUUCCCCUGUACUCAGCACUGACGGAAGUUCAGCAGGAAGAUGAAUCAGUCACUACCUCCUACCUUUCUCUGCAGUCAACCAGGAAAGAAAUUGGAGGCCCAGUCAUACCACGUCAUACACUGAACUCAGUUAUCCCCAUGGCCAUUGAAACAAUAGCAUCCUCCAUCAGCAAACCAGAGUGA